AUGACAUUAUUUCCAUUGUUGUUGCUCCUGGCUGCUGUAUUGCCUCCAUCCCUUCUUCAAGUAUUUGUUAAAGAUAUGAAUUUUGAGGAUUUGAUAACCUCUAAAGAGUCAGUCCAAGAAGAGAUUGUAAACAAGCACAACCAACUGAGAAGAAUGGUUUCUCCACCUGGUAGUGACUUACUAAAGAUGCAAUGGAGUAAUGAUGCCCGAGUGAAUGCACAGAAAUGGGCAAAUCGGUGCUAUUACACACCCAGUCUUCAAGGAGACAGGACCACCGACAUAAGAUGUGGUGAGAAUGUCUUCAUGUCACGUUACGCAGUAUCAUGGUCUCGUGUUAUCCAAAGCUGGUAUGAUGAAGUCAUAGAUUUCAGAUUUGGUUCAGGCCCAAAUCCAACUGAUGCAAUAGUUGGAAAUUAUACUCAGGUUGUUUGGAAUACAUCUUACCAAGUUGCAUGUGGAGUUGCUAAGUGCCCUUACCAAUUAUUGGAAAAUGUAUAUGUUUGUCACUAUUGUCCUCUGGGUAAUACUGUAAGAAGGCAAUACAUCCCCUACACAGUAGGAGAACCAUGUGCCCUUUGCCCUGAUCAUUGUGAUGACGGACUAUGCACAAAUAGUUGUAAAUAUGAAAAUAACUAUGUUAACUGUGCAGAAUUGAAGACUUCACUAACCUGUGACUAUCCAAUGGUUAAACAAAACUGCAAUGCUACAUGCAACUGUGAAGGCAAAAUUCAUUAAAUUUCCAGUACAAGUGAACAGGGCAAUGUGAAGAAAGAGCUCCUCCUCUACUUGGGCUGGUCACAUUCCACUAGAAAAUUUGAGGUAUAGACACAUUGAAAUGAUUCCAAACAGUAAACAUUCUGUUCUUCGGUAUCAUUCCAUUUAGUAGAAAUAUUACAUCCAAAGAUUUUAAAAUAACAUAAUCUUGACCUCUGAUUUCUGUGACACAUUUAUGGAGUUGAGUCAAGCCCAAGGCUAUACUGUUUGUCUGUAUGACUAAGGUCUCUGAAACUCCUUCCUGAAAAUAAGAAUCAGGUUCCCAGAGCACAAUGGAGUAAAGGAACAGCAUAUACUUCCACUGUAACUGUCAGUCAUCUUUCCUAGCUCUACCUAGCUAACUAUAUCUGAAAACAAAUCCCUGUUAGCUUUCUUCCCACCAUUUAUUCUU